AAUGAACCUUGUUUUGGAAGAUUAAGAAGUUUCAAGUCAUAUGAGUCAACUAUAUUUUUUUCUAUUAUGUUUAUUAAAAUCUAUCCAUUAGUCACAAAUUCAAAAUUUAGAUGUACAUUAUAAAGGUUAUAAAUUAUCCGUAUUGAAUAACUCUACAUUGCCCCAUAAACAAUUUAACACUAAUUAAUUAUUCUAAAUCUCAAUUCUUUGUUAUAUAUAUAGUAAGUUCACUAGUACACUUUCAUGUACAAUAAUCACCAUUUAAUUUAGAGAUCCAUAUAUCAUGUCUAGCAAUUAUCAUAAUACUAGGAUUUUCUUCAUGGCUCAUUUUAUGAUAUUUUUUCUGUUUUUAUCAUUUUCUCAAUCUUCUGCUAAUGAUGAUAAUUCUCCUUCCAUCAUUUGCAAAAAUACCCAUUUCCCUAGUUUCUGCAAAUCAAUUCUACCAACAACUGGGAAUUAUAGUAAUAUCUAUGACUAUGGUCGAUAUUCAGUUCACAAAUCUUUAUCUACCGUUCGCAAGUUUAUUUCGAUUGUUCAAAAAUACCUUAGACGAUCGAAAAAUCUAUCGAUUCCCACAAUUCACGCCCUCCAAGAUUGUUAUUUUUUAGCUGAUUUAAACAAAGAUUAUCUCUCAACAACAUUCAAAACUGUUAAUAAAACUUCAAAGAUUUUGCCAAUUUUGGAAGCAGAGGAUUUGCAAACUUUGUUAAGUGCCAUUUUGACAAAUACACAAACUUGUUUAGAUGGUCUCCGAGAAAUUAAUAGUACCUCUUUUGAUCCUUGGAGUUUGAGAAAUGACAUUUUAACCCCUCUUAUUAAUGACACAAAACUUCAUAGUAUCUCUUUAGCCUUGUUCACAAAAGGUUGGGUUCCUAAGGACAAAAAAGGAACAAAAAUUACUCAAAAGAAGUUAGUUUUCAGAAAUGGCCACUUGCCUUUGAAAAUGUCAGAAAGAAAUAGGGCUAUAUUUGAAACAAUUAGCAGGAGAAAGCUCUUGCAACAAGCUGCUGACCAAAUCUUGGUGAGUAAUGUUGUAAUUGUAAGCCAAGAUGGAAGUGGGAAUUUUAGUACCAUAAAUGAUGCUGUGGCAAUUGCUCCAAAUAAUACAGAUGGUUCCAAAGGCUAUUUUCUCAUAUAUGUUACUGCUGGUGUGUAUGAGGAAUAUGUUUCAAUUGCCAAAAACAAGAAGUAUUUGAUGAUGAUUGGUGAUGGUAUCAACCAAACUAUUAUUACAGGCAACCAUAGCUACAAUGUUGAUGGAUAUACUACAUUUAAUUCUUCUACUUUUGCUGUGGUUGGUCAAGGAUUUGUUGCAGUUAACAUAACAUUCCAAAACACAGCAGGAGCAAUAAAUCACCAAGCAGUUGCAGUUAGAAAUGGUGCAGAUUUAUCCACAUUUUAUAGCUGCAGCUUCCAUGGGUACCAAGACACAUUAUAUGUACAUUCACUCAGACAAUUUUACAGAGAAUGUGACAUUUAUGGCACAGUCGAUUUCAUAUUUGGAAACGCUGCUGCAGUUUUCCAGAAUUCCAACAUAUACCCGAAACUCCCUUUACAAAAUCAGUUCAAUGCAAUCACAGCACAAGGCAGAACAGAUCCGAAUCAAAACACUGGAAUUUCAAUUCAAAAUUGCACUGUAAAACCAGCAGAUGACUUAAAAUUCAGCAACAGUAGCACACAAACGUACCUUGGUAGGCCUUGGAAGGAGUACUCAAGGACUAUUUAUGCACAAAGUUUCAUCGAUGAAUUUGUGAAUCCGUUAGGAUGGAGAGAAUGGUCAGGGGAUUUUGCACUCAAUACGAGUUAUUAUGCAGAGUUCAACAAUACAGGGCCAGGUUCUAACACCAGUGCCAGAGUCACUUGGCCUGGUUUUCAUGUUAUUGGUGCUGCUGAUGCUGCUAAUUUCACAGUUUCUAGCUUCUUACUUGGAGAUUAUUGGUUGCCACAAACUGGAGUCCCAUUUUUUAGUGGUCUGUUAUAA